GCAUAAAAAUUCAAAGGACACAAGACCCUGUUUUAUACUGAGUCAGACUGUCCUGCCAACCAGCUGAGUGUUGCCUGCACUUAUCUGCGCUCCCAGCCUCACUGGGAGAUCUGUCAGGGAUUCAUAGAAUCAUCAAAUUAUACAGUUGGAAGGGACCCUAAGGGUCAUCUAGUCCAACCCCCUGCAACGCAGGAUUGCAAAGCAGAUACUCUGUUGCUGAGAUGUGCCCUUUCGCCAGGGGUCAUAGAGAAAGGCAAAGAAGAACCUAAGGAGAGCCUGCAGGAUGAGGCCAAUGGCAGAUCCGGUACUGCAUUACCAAAAGGGAGAUUAAGACUAAAGAUUUUCUGACGAUGCUGCGUUGCCAGCGAGCAGCUGGGUACCUCGUCUUGGCCGUCACCCUCUUCCAGUGGCAAUCCAGGACACCUUUCCAGGUAGCAGCAUUGCAAGAGCAGCCUUUGGCUCCUUCCUCUCCCCUGGGUCGCCUGUCUCUGUCUGGCCAGGAGAAGCCAGCUGCCGACCUGGUCGCAAAGCUUCUCCUCUUUGACGAGCUGGUGUCCCUCGAAAAUGAUGUCAUCGAGACAAAAAAGAAGCGGAGUUUCUCGGGGUUUGGCUCCCCUCUCGACAGGCUUUCGGCCGGAUCCCUGGACCUAAAAGCCAAGCAGAGGAAAGUUGUGGAAAUUCCAAAGAGGCGGUUUGGAAUCCCCCUCGACCGGAUCGGAGUGAACCGUCUGAGCAACACCCGAGGUUUGCCCGCCCUUGUGGACGCCCUCCUCAGAACAUCUCCCACUGCAAAAGGCACUUCCGCGAGUCCCACCACCACGCCCAGUGACUUUGCAAUUCAGAAACAGGCCUCUUAAAAGAAAAAACAGAAGAAACAUGCCUCCAGUUCUCGUUAUAGCAGGAUCUGCCCACUAGGCCAGACUUCCUUCCAGCUGACGCUCUGCUCUCCUGAAUAAGGGAACAGAAAGUGUUUUGGUUUUUUUGUCUGCGUGUUUGUUUAUAUGUAUAUAACAAUUUCAUCUGCAUGCCACUUUUUUUAUUAAAAAAUAACGACUUUGGGGAGUCUGUCAACCUAAUAAGGGCUAUUAGAAUGCUGUGCAGCAAAAUAGCAAGGUGGUGUUGUUGACUCUCGAGCAGCAUUAAUAAGUGACGCUUCUUAUUUCCACACACACACACACACACACACACAAAUCCCCUUUUCACCUGGUUCCUGGUUCUCCAUCUCAGGUCAGCUCAGGACCUCUGCUAAAGUUAGCACCCAUCCCCAUCAUUACGAUCCGAGUGCAACUUCUUGGCUGGCAUUUCCUACCUAAAGUUCUCCCCUUCUGGGUCCUGCUGAUGGGGAUUUUCUCAUGUGGAGCCAGCCAAAAAUGCUUCUGAGCAGCAAUGGCAGGCCAUCACGUGAAGAGGAGCCUGCUGGAUCAGGCCAAGAGCUCCUUGAGUCCAGCAUUGUCUUCUCCCAGGGGCCAACCAGAUGCCUGUGGGGAACCUGCAAGCAGGAUCUGACCCCAAGAGCCCUCUCUCCUCCUGCGGUUUCCAGCAGCUGGUACCCAGAUGCCAUCAAUAGCUCUCUCCUCCCCCAUGAAUUCAUCUCAUCCUAUUUUAAAUUGAUCCAAGUUGGUGACCAUAUCACUGCCUUGUGGGGGAGAGAGAGAGAGAAACUGCCCCCACAGCAAGACUGCAGCCUCUCUCGCUAGCUCUCAGCCAUGUUCUCAUUCUCCGCUUCCCCUCCCCUCUCCUUAGAAUCAUAGAAUUGUAGCGUUGGGAGGGGGACCCACCCGGUCAUCUAGUCCAACCCCCUGCAGUGCAGGAAUCGCAGAUAACUCACUCCUUAAAGCUGCCUUAUGUGGGCACACAGACCAUCACUGAUUCUUCCAACUCUGAAGGGUCUCUUUUGGUUCGACGCUGGAGACUGAAGCUUGGGGCCUUCUGCAUGCAGAGCAGGUGUCCUGUGACUCUUCUUUCCAAAUGGUGGCAUAAUGCCGCACCAGUUUCCUCAGCUUAGAAGUAUUGCUUCCUGAAACAUCGUAUUUUCUCUUGGUCUGCCUUCAUUAUUUUAACCACUGAAAUCUUACAUGUUACAAAUGGAAAAAGAAACUGGGUGUUUGGGGAACGAUAAUUCUCUGUCCUUGUUACUGAGUCUCUCUCUCUCCCUCUCUCUACGAGAAUAGCUCUAUAUUUUCCUGACUUAUGUGCUUGGAGAUGGUCCUUGUUCUAGAGCGAUGGAAGAGCUGGAUAAACUCCGUCAUGUUGAAAUAAAGUAUAAUGUGUCAUA